UACUUUUUUACUAUCAGAACAUUCAACAUUCAGAACUUGGGAAAUUAGAUUUUGAAAGGUAAAUUAAUUUCUCAAGUGCGUCGUUCAGUAUAUAGUAUAUACUGAAGUGACUAAUAGGUAUUUACAAAUCAAAUCAUUUAUCGUUUUAAAUAUAAAAAUCAAUUGUCGGUCGCCUAAUGCUUUUAAAUAUUACCUUGCAUUGGUUUAUAUAAUAUUUUUGUUACAUUAAAUUUGUUAACUACUAAAGUGUCAUCAUUUUAAUAAAAUGGAAUUCAGUUGCAACUUAAUUAAAGUUCAUUUAGCCAACUAUCUAGCCAAUUUACCAUUACCAAAUUCAUUUCUUGGUAUUUUCAAAUUAAGUGGUAAAGAUAUAGUGAAAUUAAUUCCGUUUUAUGCUACAAUUGGUGGUGUAUGUUAUCUUUCAUACAGAGUUGUCAAACCAAGACACCCAGUUAACCCAUGCAUUAAAAAAGAAUCUCCAAAAGUGGUUGAUGGUUUUGAUAUUGAAGAGUUAGGUGAAAGUACAGCAUUUUGUCGUUGUUGGAGAAGCUCUAAAUUUCCUUUAUGUGAUGGUGCCCAUAAUAAGUACAAUGUUGAACAAAAGGACAAUGUUGGACCAUUGAUUAUUAAGAAAAAAUAAAUCAUUAUUGCUAAAUCAUCACAAUCUUCUAUCAGCAGUUGUCGUUUUGAUAUCUUCAAGCUGAAAAAAUGAAUGGUUGAAAAAUAUUAGUUCUUAUCUUAUAAUUUAAUUUUUUUUUUUUUUUUUUGUUAAAAUUAUAUCAUCAUUAUAAAAAUAAAGUAUGUCUAUUCUAUUUUCCAUUUCAAA